AUGGCCGCAACAACUGCCCCUAAUCCUCUAACCGCCUACCGCUUCCUCCUCCGCGCAACCCGCAUUGCCUUCCAAGGUGAUUUCACAACCCUCCAUGCUGCCCGUGCUGAAGCGCGCAAACAGUUCGACCAACACCGCAAGCAGGGUGUGGAUACCCCUAUGCGUAUCCAGCAUGCAAUGGAGACGGCGGAGAUAUUGAGGACGAAUGUUGUACAGGGGGUUAAAAUUUCCGGUGCCGGGGAGGAGGCGGAGCGAUAUGCUAGUAUCCUUGUCAUGAGAAGAUUUCGGGGCGAGUAUGAAGGCGAAGAUGAACGAAGAGAGAAGGAGGAGGCAAUGAGAGAAUUACGAAUCCACGAACACAUCGAGCGCGGGGAUAAUGAUUCCAUUAAGACGGCGGGAAAAAAUGAGAGGGUUAAGGUUGCGGUUGGGAAGGCGUGUUCGAACACGCAGUCAUCAGAGUAA